GAUCUACUAGAGGAAGGAUUGUUUGUUAGCCAUUACAGUCUCAGGUUCUCAGCUAUGAUAACUCAUCUGCAUUUUUGUCCUGAUAAAUUUUAACACCUAUGCAUUUUACAACAAUGAUUUAAGUUUUGAUCUUAUUUUAUUUUUUGGAGGUUAUUGCAGAGUUUUCUCAUCUUGCGAGAUCAGUUUGAACGACAAAAAACCUAUUGCAACCAGCAAUUGUAGUGUUUUAGAAGGCUGGACGUUUGAGUUAAAUUCUCAAUCAAAACUAAUUGCUUGGAAAAGCUUUAACUUUCAACUGUAAAAAUGUUGGUAAAGCUGGAACUUUGAAGUUUAUUGACUUCAGAUUGUAGCUUGGAACAUAACAUUUAUAUGAUAUGAGAAAAGUAAGUACCCGAUAGUAAAUAUCCGAAGGUACUAUCCACGUGCAUCCUACUUGCUGAAAAGUUCGGAAGCAAGAAGUGUUAAAUCAAAAUUUAUGUCUGAGAACAUUCAUUGUCAAUACUUAAAAACUUUGUCUCCUUCAUUCAACCCCACUUAUUUUGUCUGCAUCCUUUAGAAAGCAUUCUGGCUUCUUCUACCUUUCCAUCUUCUCAUCCCUUUCAUUAAGAAAAUAUCUUCUGAUUCUAGGAGAAAUUUAAUGUAAUAGAAACCAAUAAAUUUUAUUAUGAAAGCAUCACACUUGAAGAAGGAAAGCAAUGGAAAAAAAAAUUUUCCUCCAAAGUUUGUGAUGAGUUGGCCAUGCUUUGGCGGUGAAUUUCUUCCAUGGUGAUUUCAGUAUCCAUUCAGUGACUCAAGGAGCAUUUUUUCUUGAUUAUUGCAUAUUCCACUGCUUAGUUGACACAGCAAAACUUUGCGGUGAAGAACAAUUGGAUAUGAUUUAAUCAUCGUUAGUAUGUCUGGAUUAAUUGAAGGCCUUCCCGAUGCUGUUUCCCUUCAGUGCAUAGCACGUGUUCCCUUCUACCUGUAUCCUAAGUUGGAGGUUGUGUCUCGUUCAUGGAGAGCUGCCGUUCGUAGCUCUGAGCUGUUCAAAGCUCGACAAGAGGUUGGCUCAGCAGAAGAACUUCUUUGUGUGUGUGCGUAUGAUCCAGAGAAUUUAUGGCAGAUGUAUGAUCCCCUCCGUGACCUUUGGAUUACUCUUCCCGUACUUCCCACGAAAGUCAGGCACCUUGCCCACUUUGGCGUGGUCUCAACCGGUGGAAAGCUGUUUGUGCUUGGUGGUGGGAGUGACGAUGUUGACCCAUUGACUGGGGACCAAGAUGGGAGUUUUGCAACCAAUGAAGUGUGGUCAUAUGACCCUAUACUGCGUCGGUGGGCUGAACGUGCAUCCAUGAUCGUACCCCGUGCCAUGUUUGCGUGCUGUGUUCUGAAGGGAAAGAUCAUUGUUGCGGGAGGAUUCACCAGCUGUAGAAAAUCUAUAUCUCAAGCAGAAAUGUAUGAUCUCGAGAAAGAUGCCUGGACUCCGAUACCUGAUCUCCACCGCACUCACAAUUCAGCAUGCUCCGGAUUCUUUAUCGGAGGAAAGGUGCAUGUCUUGCACAAGGGGUUGUCGACGGUGCAAGUCCUGGACCACAUAGGUUCCGGGUGGACAGUAGAAGAUUACGGUUGGCUCCAGGGUCCAAUGGCAGUAGUACAAGGAACCCUGUAUGUGAUGAGCCAUGGAUUCAUCGUCAAGCAAGAAAAAGAAGCUAGCAAGGUAGUGGUUUCUGCUUCCGAGUUUCGUAGGAGGAUCGGGUUUGCAAUGACAGGAAUAAGAGAUGAAAUAUACGUGAUCGGAGGGGUAAUCGGCCCUGAUCGAUUUAAUUGGGAUAUCAAACCAAUGUCCGAUGUUGAAAUCUUGACCGUCGGAGGCGAUAGACCGACAUGGCGUCAGGCAGCUCCGAUGACAAAGUGCCAAGGAACAAUUUUUGGAUGCACGCAGCUAAGAAUGUAAGUGUUUUUAGUAGUAGCUGGUUUUAUUGUGAAAAGUGAACUCAUAUUGUUGAGUCAUUGCAAUUCCUCCCAUUGGAGACGAGAAAUGAUCCUUCAUUCUUAUA